ACCUCCAACAACUCUCAGUGCCCUGUUCAUCUCGUCCGAUGACUCAAAGGGAGACGUGCGUUUUCAAGGUUUUUACAAGUAAGGUGCAAGGGAAGACAGAGUGUGAGGGUUUAAUCAUAUGUUCAUGAGAUUGAGUGUCCCGCGACCGAGUCUGCACAUUCUCACAAGACCCAUCUUGAGCAGCCGUAACUGCAACAUCACUGCACCAUCUACAGUCAUGGCGUCCAACUCUACCCUGGCGGGCAACGGCUCGUCUGAGACUUCGACUUAUAAGCCAAGAUAUAUCGAUAUCGGAAUCAACCUCGCCGACCCCAUCUUCCGCGGCCACUACCACGGCAAGCCGCGACACCCCGAUGACCUCGCCGGCGUCGUCCAACGCGCCAUCGACGUAGGCUGCACCAAACUCAUCGUCACCGGCUCCAGCUUCAAGUCCUCUCGCGACGCCCUCAAAAUCGCCCAAGAGUUCCCCCAACACGUCUACACAACAGCCGGCAUCCACCCCUGCUCCUCCUCCAUCUUUUCCACCUCGCACCACAUGCACCACGACGAAUCCGGCUCCGAGUCCGAGUCCCCUUCUACUCAACCCACAGAAAGUCAAACAGCAGAACACACCCCCACCCCGAUAAUCCCCAUCUGCGCCGACCCCGACCCCUCCGCCCCCCAACCCGAGGACCCCUCGCUAAUCGACCACGUCCGCACUCCCCAACUCAUCGCCUCCCUCUCCGACCUCAUCUCUUCCCACCGUUCUCCGAAGGGAGGACUCAUCGCCUUCGGCGAAUUCGGCCUCGACUACGACCGCCUCCACUACUGCUCGCGCACAAUCCAACUACACUCCUUCCGUUCCCAACUUUCUCUCGCCGCCUCUCUCUCUCCCCAAUUACCACUAUUCCUCCACUCGCGCGCCGCGCACCGGGAUUUUGUGGAUUGUCUCCAGGAAGCCUUCGGUCCUAACCUCGAAAAACUCGAAAAGGGAGGGGUGGUGCAUAGUUUCACUGGAACACUAGAGGAGAUGCGAGAACUGAUGGAUUUGGGACUGUUUAUUGGUGUGAACGGGUGUAGUUUUAAGACUGAAGAGAAUUGUGCUGUUGUAAAAGAGAUUAGGCUGGAUCGGUUGAUGUUGGAGACGGAUGGGCCGUGGUGCGAGGUGAGGGGGGGGCAUGAGGGGUGGAAGUUUUUGGUGCAGUACUAUGCGCGUGAAAGGGAGGCUAGGGAGAAGGAGGAGGCGGAAGCUAAGGCUAAGGCGGAGGAGGAGGCUAGGGCGAAGAAAGAGGAGGAGGCGGCCAAGGCGCUGGCUGAUGUCUCGCUGAAUAGCAACGGGGGUGAAACCGAGAACGGCCGAUCCGGGAACGGGAACGGGAACGGUACCCCGGCCGAUGCUAGCGGUACCAGCACACCCAACACUAGUGGCCAACAACAACAACCGGGUCAAAAACGCGAACGGCGCAAGAAGCAACCUCAGCCGCCACAACAACAGAAGAAGAACGCAAAGAAGGAGUCUGAAGUGCCUGAGCGGUUCAAGGUUGUCAAGAAGGAAAAGUGGGAGGAGGGAGCUAUGGUGAAGGGUCGCAAUGAGCCGUGCACGAUUGAGCGGAUUGCGAUUAUUGUGGCGGAGAUUAAGGGGGUCUCGGUGGAGGAGGUGUGUGAGGCUGCUUGGAGGAAUACGGUCAAGGUUUUUGGGUUGGAGGAGUGAGUGAGUGAGUCUGGAUGUGGAUGGAGGGUAUUCUAAAGGGUAGAGUGGAUAAGAGGGUAGUUAGGAGUUGGGCGUUUUGUAGAUAUGAUGCAUGAAUCGGACAUAGACCAAGCUGAUGAUCUGUUAUGAGGUUGGAAUGAAAACCGACGUGAUGCUACCUAUCCUGUCCUCAAUAGCACACAAUGCUGUUACAGUAAAUGCUACCGUUGCACGUUUAUGCAGUGUUCUUUGUGACACUGAACAUGAUGAUCUCCCCAUACGAACGCCAAACGCCACUGCUACCGUACCCAGAGACCCGUAAGUAACACAAACCCCUUUCCAUAACCCUAACCCUGUCCAGCCUUGCCUUGCCUUGCCUAACUUUACCUCCCUUCAGCGCUCAGCCUCAUUCUCUCUCCAUAUCUUUCAAACCACUGCACGCUCUGAAAGGGAAAUCAAAGUCCACUCCCCUUAUUCCCCCUUAUCCUCCCCUCCCUAACCUUCCCAACAGUAA